AUGGUGGCGUUUGUUGAUCGAUCAAUCAUCAAUGGGGAGGGGAAGAGUGACGUUGAAGCGGAUCGAAAACAAAAUCAAUCGGCAGCGGAUGUCGCUCUCAUCGUCUUCUCCACUAAAGGAAAGCUCUGCGAGUACGCUUCCGAUGCUUCAAUGGAAAGCAUCCUUGAGAGGUAUGAUCGACACUCGUACACAGAAAGGCAGCUUAAUGAAGGAACCAAUCAUCAAACACAAGAAAACUGGAGUUUGGAGCAUGCAAAACUGAAGGCUAGAAUUGAUGUCUUGGAGAAAAACAAAAGGCACCUAAUGGGAGAAGACCUUGAUUCAUUGACUCUCAAGGAACUUCAGAAUUGUGAACAGCAACUCGAUACAGCUCUUAGACGCCUUAGGUUAAGAAAGAAUCAGUUGAUGCUUGAAACCAUUUCUGACCUCCAAAAGAAGGACAAGGCAUUGCAAGAUCAAAACAACGUGCUCUCAAAGGAGCAGGUGAAAGAAAAGGAGAAAGAGCUACUACCCCAACCAGAACCACAAGCCCAAACUCAUGACAACAUAGGCACCUUAAACCUCGGUGAGAUGUACGAGACACGUGGACAGAUAGGAGGAGGUAAUGUUGAAAUGGAUGAAACAAGGAGACAAGAUCAAGCGUUACCCGUUAUGCCUCAUUGGAUGCUUCAAUACAUAAACCAGUAAGUAAACCCCGUAACACAUAUAUUUAUAUAUUUAUAACUUAUAUCAAGCAAAGAUUUUUGGAGUCUUAUGCAAAAAAUAGAUGUAAAAUGGUCAACAACCUUAUGCUGUACUUGUAUAUACUGUAUAAGUUGUAAUAAUAAUAAAUGUAUUGAUGUUGUAAUUUACAAUUUCUUUAAUUGAUGGAGUCUAGU